GUGUUAACUGAUAACGCAUAAUCUUCUUGCGCAGAAUUUCUUUGGCGUCGUAGAGUGGAAUUUACCAAGCAUUCAACGCGAAACAACCACUCGCUUGCGAAUAACGACGCGAGUGACAGUAUCGCGCGUAAGGGUGGCCGCAAAUUUUGUUAAGUAUUACACACACUCCAUCGUCUAUGAGGAAUUGUCCACUCUCUUAGCAUCACAUUGCUGAGAGAGAUUGUGGCAGUCAUUCUCCAGUAGUGGCAUUAGCGGUGUUCGUGCAGACGCUCUCCCACGUUCGCGAUCAAGACAUUGGCGGAUUCAUCAUCAAGCCAUUCCCUUCUUAUUCUGUUGUAAUAUCCCAUUGUGAUCAUGUGUUGAUCGCCCAAGUUCACGUUACUCAGUGUACAUUGCACAAUUACGCCCGAAAUCAAGUGUGAACGCGCGUGUGCAUAUAACUCGAGGGCAACCAGUGAUUUAAACGCGCUUAUACUAGAUAGCUGGAUAAAUUUUUUUAGCUGAGAUGGCGAGCGUAGACAGAGAUCUCGAGGAACUCAUGUCCCACCUUGGUGAAUUUGGCAAAUACCAAUUGCAACAGUACUGCCUUCACUUACUUGCCGCGUUUACGGCCGGUCUGCACAUGCUGAGUCUACUGAUGGUCGCGGCAGUGCCACCGCAUCAGUGUAACAUUCCAGAAGUGAACUUAUCAUCUUCCAUAACCGAGGCAUAUAACUUGACCUUUCUCAACUCGAAUACCUCGGUCGUUUCGGAGCAUCUUCCGCGUCCCCUUGACAGCUGUCACUAUUUGGAUCGCGACAAUAUUACCCAAGAAUGUGACUCAUGGACUUACGACACGACGUACAUCCAGUCAUCACGUGCCAUGGAAUGGAACUUCGUGUGCUCGCGACGUUGGAUGGGCGCUGUAGCGCAAUCCUCCUACAUGUUUGGCGUGUUUGUUGGCGCAGCCACUUUAGGUACCAUGGCAGAUAAAUACGGCAGGAAAAUUAUAUUUUAUGUAUCCACGGUGUUGCAGCUGGUGUUUGGGGUGGCGGUGGCUCUUGUGAAUAAUUACUAUAUUUUUCUGGUGUUUCGCUUUUUAUAUGGAAUCUUCGGCUCCGCCGGCGCUUACAUCACCGCGUUUGUAUUAACAAUGGAAUUGGUAGGUCCGUCCAAGAGAACGGUGUGCGGCGUGUUGAUGCAAUUGAUUUUCGCUGUAGGCUUUAUGAUAGUGGCCAUGUGGGGCGCUAUAAUCCAGAAUCGUAUGUGGCUGCAAAUUCUAUUCGGCAUGCACAGCGUGAUUCUACUUGGUCACUGGUGGUUAAUGGACGAGUCACCCAGAUGGUUGUGGACGCAGGGUCGCGUCGCCGAAGCGAUCAUCAUCGUGCAAAGGGGUUUGAAAAUAAACGGCAGCAACGUACAAGUGGACGCGGCCAAGCUUAUUAGCAAAGCAAAAACGCAGCACGAGAUCGACGAGGAAAAAUCGUACGGCGCACUGGAUCUUUUCAAGACACCGAAUCUCCGUAAAAAAACUCUCAACAUAUGUUUUAAUUGGUUCGCCAAUUCGAUCGCCUAUUACGGAUUGACCCUCAACAUGGGCAAUAUAGUCAGCAGUCCAUUCCUCACGCUAUUCCUCAAUGCCGUGAUGGAGGCGCCGGUGGCCAUCUUCAUAAUAUUUACUCUGGACCGCACUGGCAGAAGAUGCCUGGUUAGCGCAUUUAUGAUGAUUGGCGGCGUGUGUUGCAUUUUCGCCGCCAGUAUUACUGGUACAACCAGUGAAUUGGCGAAUAUCAUCAGAAUUACGAUAGUGCUAAUGGGCAAGUCCUGCGUGGCCGGCUCAUUCGCUGUCGUGUACAAUUACACGGCCGAAUUAUUUCCCACUGUGGUGAGAAACACCGCAGUCGGUAUCGGCUCCAUGUGCGCGCGUUUCAGCAGCACGCUCACGCCGAUGAUCUUUUUGCUGGACUCGCUGGACCCGCGGAUGCCAACCGCGCUCUUCGGGCUGAUUGUUUUAACUGCGGGUUACCUGGCGCUCUACCUGCCGGAAACGCUAAAUCAACCGAUGCCGGAGACGAUGGAGGACGGUGAAAACUUUGGCAAGGGCGAUACCUGCUUCACUACCUGCAUGGGCGGUAGAGCGAAAGUCAUCGCUAGCGAUCAUGACAUCGCGAUGGAGGAGACACACGAGAGAGAUGAGAAGGAGAGGUUGAAUAAUAUAUAAAGCGUACAUUGCCGUAUAAAAAAUUCACAACGUGUCUUUGACCAGUACUUAUGACUAUAUUGUGGAGCUAAAAAAGAGAUACAUUAUCCUGCCCAUACAACGUGAAGUUACUAAGCUGAUAUUAUAGAUACUUAUUCUUGAGUUUAGUCUAACUUUAAUACGCACAAUUAAUCAAUAUAAAAAAAUUAUUUCGAAAUAAUUUAUACAUUAUAUAUAGAAAGCUAGUAAAGCUAGUGAAAUUUUAGAAUUGCAUAUGUGAUAUUAUAUUGAUGUAAUAUUAAUAAUAUUUUAUGCUCUAUUUUUGCAAAAAGUAUUUUAAAAUUUUAUAAUGACAAUAAUAAUACAAAUUUUAUAUUUAUUAUAUAUUUUAUAUUAUCAGAAAAAAACAAUAUUUUUAUUAUUAAAUAAAAAAUAUGCAUGAGAGCAAUUUCGAUAUUAUAUUUUGCUGAUUGGAUGUAAUAACAUUAUAUAUCAUACAUUUUUAUAUACACAUAAGCACAUAAUUUGAUAAUCAUUAGUCACAAAACUUUUAAUUUCAUGGAUGUAAACAAUCUCCGAGGAAAAAAUGAUUAAAAGUUUAAGUGACACUUUUCCCGCUGGCACAAAAUCCAUCGCCAUAAAAUCCCUAUGAAUAAUGCGGGAGAAUCGACGAGGGAAUAAAUUCGCUUACAUCUGACUUAUCUCGUUUCUUUCAUCGAGAUAAACUGCCUAAGAGAAGUUUAUAGGGUUUAAGUUGUGCGAGAUAAAGCAAAAAAUAUGCGCUUUAAAGCGCAUAUAUGAUCUUAAUGGCGAGGAUGGCAAUUUUGAAAAGAUGCUCCAAAAAGAUGUGAGAGAUUCUCGGUAAAACCGCCAAUUCGCUCCUCUCCCUAGCUAAUGGAAAAACUUUGUCGCCUAGUAGUUCAACGCUUUUCCAAUCAUAAAGUUUGAAAAAUGGUCGCGUCGGUUAUUCGUAGAUUUUUUUUACCGUUAAAUUAACGUUGGCAGAGAAAGAUCUUAUCUCUGAAAAGUUUCGUUAAAUUUUACCAAACAAUCUAAAUUAUUAUGAAAAAGUUGCGAGAGAUAUAUGAUUCUCAGUUAUAUUUUAUAAUUAAUAUUAUCGUAACACCUAUACAUAUAUUAUAUAUAAUAUAUAUUUUAGUUUUAUAAUAAUUAUUUUAGAUAACGUUUUAAAUAUUUGUAUUAUUUAUAUUUAAUUUAGAUAUAUUUUAUGGUAAUUAAAUCACAUUAAAAUAAGAAUUCUAUGGAAAUAAGCUUUUCAGUUGUUUAUCAAGUUACCGAAAAUAAAAUAAAAUUAAUAAAG